AUGGCCACGACCCCGGCUAAAUUAGAAGGCUACGACAAACUCGCAGCACUGCUCUCUUCCGACCCAGGACUUCAGUAUUUCCGCCGAUUCGCAACUCUGAACACCAAGAACCUGCUCUAUUACCAGGCGCAGAUUGCGAAUCUUGAGGACGAUCUCAAUAAUAUUAUCGUUGAAGACAAAGCCCUGUGUGAUAGAUACGAGGGAAAGAAGAACUAUCCAUUCUCUGUCUUCCACCUAGAGAACUCGCUAAGAGACGAUGAUGCAAAUCAGUGGAAGAAAUUCCUGGAGCUCCGGGAGCUGCUUAGCAAAUAUAGUACGUGUCCUCGUCAGAGUCGUCGCAAGCAAGCGGAAUAA